AUGACCAAACACGACCAAGAUAUCAUCUGGGGCUGGAACCACGAUCUCCCGGAGCGAGUCAAUGAACUCUUGCACAAUAUCAUCCAUGAACGUGCUAUAGAGAAUCCAGAAAGUUUGGCAUUAUGCGCUUGGGACGGCGACAUGACCUAUAAAGAGCUCGACGACUUGUCCACCAAGCUGGCGUUUCGCCUAGUUGAUGAGGGCGUUGUGGCAAACCAGAUCGUCCCUGUCUGUUUUGAGAAAUCGAAAUGGGCUACAGUCUCUAUGCUUGGUGUACUGAAAGCCGGUGGAGGCUUUGUUUUACUUGAUUCUGCUCUACCUGAGCAAAGACUCGCUACCAUUGUCAAGCAAGUCAAUCCACGAGUACUCCUUUCCUCCGGUACAAACCUAUCCCUAGCCACAAGAUUGGCGAGUAAUGUUAUUCAAGUUGACGAGGGAUUUUUCCAAGCCAUUACGGAGCAACCAGGUUGCACACUUGUUGAUCCUAGCCCAGAGAGCAUCAUGUAUGUUGUGUUCACAUCAGGCAGUACAGGAACUCCUAAGGGUGUCCUCCUCAGUCACAGGAAUUUUGCCUCUGCCGUUCGUCAUCAACAGCCGCAGUACCAGGUAGAUACAAGAUCAAGAGUCUAUGACUUUGCUUCAUACAGUUUUGAUGUCGCCGUCAUGAACGUCUUUAAUACCCUGGCGUGGGUUACUUGGAUCGUGGAUCCUGAUAACCACGACGUUCUGGUUCCUCCCGGUUGUGUUGGUGAAUUAUUACUUGAAGGACCUUGCGUCGGCUUGGGAUACUUGAACGAGCCUGGAAAAACUGCUGCAGUGUUCAUCGAUGACCCGCUGUGGUUAGUCAAAGGAACACCCGAUCAUGUAGGCCGCCGGGGUCGGCUGUACAAGACAGGUGAUCUGGUCCAGUACACUGAGAACGGUUUCUUGACCUUCCUCGGGCGCAAGGACAUGCAAGUGAAGAUCCGAGGCCAGAGAGUUGAACUUGGAGAGCUGGAAUGUCGUAUCCAUGAGUUCAUGCACGACGUGGAACAAGCUGUGGCCGAAGUUAUCGUUCCACAGGGACCUGGAGCAAGACCUACUCUGGCAACAUUCUUAUGCUUGGGCGAGGAGCACCCAGACUAUGAGAAAAACCCAUCAUCGCUCACUCAGGUAUAUCACAUUCCAGCCGAAAUCCAAGACCAACUUCACAAGGUCUUACCAGUGUACAUGGUACCUUCGGUUUAUUUUAAAGUAGCGGAGAUACCGAUGACACCAUCUGGAAAGAUCAACAGAAAAGGUCUCCGCGAGAUUGGCGCUUCGUUUACUGUUCAAGAGCUAGCUAAGAUCAGGACUGCUGAGAAGGCUCAAAAACGCAAGCCUACUACCAGGGACGAGAAGACCAUGCAGGAGAUUUGGAGUGAUCUUCUAGAAAUCGACCUUGAUGCAAUCGGACUCAGCGAUGAUUUCUUCCAGCUCGGCGGCGACUCGAUUGCAGCUAUGAAGAUGGUUUCCAUGGCAAGAGAGCAAGAUAUUGAGAUCACAGUGGCAGAUGUCUUCCGCCAUCCUACUCUCGGGGAACUAGUUGGCGGUUUAGAGGGCCAGUCAAGUACUGCCAAUGUUGAAGUUCGACCAUUUGAUCUUAUAGGUGUGGACACCAAGAAUGAAGAUGCUGUUAAAGAGAUUGCAGCCAUGUAUGGUUUGGUGGAGAGUAAUAUCCUGGACGUGUAUCCAUCCACCCCUCUCCAAGAAGGUCUUUUAUCACUCUCUUCAAAGCAGCCGGGAGACUACAUUUGGCAGAUGACAUUAGCGUUGUCGGAAAAUAUCUCUAUUGAGAAUUUCCGUAGCGCGUGGGAAAGAGUUUUCAAGGAAUCAGAGGUCCUUCGCACCCGAAUUGUACAAUAUGGUACAUUAGGUUCAUUGCAAGUUAUCUUGGAUGAAACCAUUGAAUGGAUCGAGACGUCUGGGCUUGAAGAAUACCAAAAGCUUGAUAGGGGACAGAUCAUGGAACCGGGCCAGCGACUGGUACGUUUUGCUUUGAUCAAAGACCACCAUGGCGUCUGGUUCGUAUGGACGAUUCAUCACGCACUCUACGAUGGCUGGUCCAUGCCACGAAUGAUGGAUCUGGCCAACAGAAUCUAUACGGGACGCAAGCUGGAACCUUGUUUGUCCUUUAACAGAUUUAUACAAUAUGUUUCUUCUCAAGACACCAAAUCGGCAACAGAUUACUGGACAAAAUCGCUGGGCAAUUGCGAUCACGUUGCAUUCCCAACUCUGCCCGCAUCCAUCCGAGAACCGGCGCCUAGACAGGUAGCCAGUGAGCAUAUUUUGUUGGAUAAGAACAGCAUCUCAGAUAUCACCACUUCUACACUUGCGCACGCUGCAUGGGCAAUUGUUGUCGGCCGCAUUAGUGGCGGAGAGGAUGUAGUCUUCGGCAGCACUGUAUCCGGUCGAGGUGCUACCAUCGCCGGUAUUGAGGAAAUUGUCGGACCUACCAUUGCUACUGUCCCAAUGCGUAUCAAGUGGUCAAAAGAGGCUACUAUUACAAACUUCCUACAGGACGUACAAAGCCAGCGUACAGAGAUGAUCUCUUUCGAGCAGACAGGCCUUCAACAAAUCGCGAAGAUGAGCCCAGAUUGUGCCAAAGCCUGUAACUUCCAGACGUUACUCAUCAUCCAACCUCAGGAUGGCGAGGAGCAGGAGAGCGCUUUUGGAAAAUGGCAGAAUGACGAAGGCAAAAACAGCAACACCUACCCUCUUACUCUCUUCAUCACUUUGGGCUCAUCGGAGAUUUCUGUUAAGGCUAGCUUUGACUCUAGAGUUAUUGAGCCUUUGACGAUGCAGAGACUGCUUGAGCAAUUCAAAGACACUGUACUUAAUCUACAUGAGAACAUUGCAAGCUCAAGUAAGACACUUCAGGAUCUUCAGGUACUUCCGUUAAGCGAUUUGCGGACACUCUGGACAUGGAACAGCGCAGUGCCUGAUUAUAUCGACAAACUGUUACAUUCAGUGAUUGAGGACCAAGCUCAAGUCAGACCUGCUGCGCCAGCCAUCCACGCGUGGGAUGGUGAUUUUACAUACAGUGAGCUAGACAGCUUAUCUACUAGCCUGGCCUCACACCUCAUAGGGCUUGGCUUCGAAUCUGGCGUCGCCGUUCCACUGUGCUUCGAAAAGUCCAAGUGGACGAUUGUAUCACUCUUUGCUGUACUCAAAGCGGGGGGAGCCUUCGUCUUACUUGACACAUCCCUACCAGAGCAGAGGUUACAAUCUAUCGUUGAGCAGCUGGACAGCGGGCUUCUGCUGUCAUCUUCAGAGGCUUCCCAGCGUUUCAGCCUGUUCUCGUCAAGGAAGACAAUCGUAGUCGACGCAUCAUUAUUUAAAGAGAUUUCCGGCAGCUCGCAAUCAUAUACGAAGGUUUCCGUAAGCUCUAAGUCGCUUGCAUACGUGGUAUUCACAUCCGGCAGUACAGGAACUCCAAAGGGUGUCCAAGUAAGCCAUAGAAACCUCGCGACAGCUAUCCACCACCAGCAAGGCCAUUUCAAAUACUCAGACAAGUCUAGAUUCCUCGAUUUUGCGUCUUACAGUUUCGACAUGUCUCUCUUCACCAUCUUUCACAAUUUUUCUGCUGGCGGUUGUCUUUGCAUCCCAAGGGACGAAGAUCGUAGAAAUAAUCUUGCAAAGACGAUCGCAGCGCUGAAUGCGGAUACACUUGUUCUGACGCCGUCUGUAUCGCGGUCCCUCAAGCCUGCUGACGUGCCAGGAGUGAAAUCCAUACUGUGGUGCGGUGAAGCCCUCCAUAGUAAAGACGCAGAGCCUUGGUUCGGUAACAUACAUGCGAUCAACACAUAUGGACCGUCAGAGUGUACUCCGGUAACUACCAUUAAUUAUGAGGCCAAAGGUGUUGAAGAGAUGGGAUACAUCGGAAGAGGAGUCGGAGUAGCCACCUGGGUGGUUGACGCUGAGAACUACAAUCAGCUGGUCCCAAUUGGACAUGUUGGAGAACUGCUACUUGAAGGCCCAUUGGUCGGACUUGGCUACCUUAACGCGCCAGAAAAGACCGCGGAGGCUUUUGUUGAGAACCCUGAGUGGCUAGUCAAAGGCUUUGAGACGAACCCCGGACGUCAGGGGCGCCUCUACCGAACGGGUGAUCUAGUCCGGUAUACCAACGACCACAAUAUUGUGUUCGUUGGCAGAAAGCAUACGAAGGUCAAGAUGCGCGGUCAAUGGGUUGAGCUAGGUGAUGUUGCCUAUCAAGUUGGUCAGCAUAUUCCAAAUGCAAAGCAGGUUGUUGCUGAAGUCAUUGCACCCGGAGGAGAUGAAACGCGGCCUUUGCUUGCUGCUUUUCUGGAACUUGACUCCAAAGCAACAGCUGCAGAGUCUUUGCUAGAAUUCUACCAAACGGAUUCUCAGCUGGAGGCCGCAUUAGCCGCAACUCUGCCAAAGCACAUGAUUCCUGAUGUAUAUUUUUCUGUGGUCCAGAUUCCCAUGACAGCCGCCGGCAAGACCAAUCGUGGACGCCUACGUGAACUCGGCGCAACCUUUACCAUUCAACAACUCGCCGAACUGCGUACUGCCAAGCAAGGACCUAAGCGUCAGCCCCAGACAGCAGCAGAGAUGCAGAUGCAAUCGAUUUGGAGCCGCAUUCUUCAAAUUGAACAAGAUGCAAUAGGACUAGACGACAACUUUUUCGAACUGGGAGGAGAUUCUAUUACGGCAAUGAUGCUUGUUGGUGCUGCGCGAAAGCAUGGCCUGACGGUCAACAUUGUAAGCAUUUUCCGCAACCCGAGACUCGAAGAGCUUGCUCGCCUGGUAAGUCAUGACACCAGCAACAUCGACGCCGUUGCAGGCUCUGAACAACAUCAGCUAUUGGGGACAGCUCAAAAAUCUGCCCUUUUGGCGGAAAUUGACUCCCAAAGUGAUAAAUACGAGCUGAGAUCUGUUGACGUUGCUGAGAUCUUGCCACUGACGGAUUUUCAAUUCAACUUGGUCAACUCAUCAAUGAGCUUAGGACCGCUUUUCUGCAAUUAUUUCUUCCUUGACUUGGAGAGCAGCCCUGAUAUCACUCAUCUAGAAGAGGCGUGUGCCUGGGCGCUGGAGAGAUUGCCUAUCUUACGAGCAAGAUUCUUACCGCUCUUGGGCUCUUUCUGGCAGGUCAUUCCCCGCCAAGUUCAGAAACUGCCGCUCCAAAUCCUGAAUGCUGGUAAUGAAGAAGAUUUAGCUGGAUUCUCUCGUGGAUUCUGUUUUAGAGACCAGGAGACUUUGAAGGCUACCAAUGCACCCUUUGCAGUUUUCCUGUUCCGUAGCGACGCAAAGAGCGCCCGUAUUGUGCUCCGUAUCUCUCAUACACAGUAUGAUGGUAUCUCACUGCCACAUAUCUUCAACUCUAUCCUGCAUGGUCGCCAGAACGCUUCUUCCCUGUCGCCUUCGCUUUUCACAGACUAUCUCAUAAAAACUCAUAGGCAUCUUGAAAAGUCAAGAGAGUACUGGACAAGUUUGCUUCACCGCUCCUCAGUAACCACGGCAGGGAAGUAUCUCCCACAAUUGACUGCGUUGUCGCCCCGCCGUGAGGCAGUCCGGCUCGAAAGAAACAUUAGCAUUCCACAGCUUCCUCUGGGUAUCACUCCUGCCACCCUGCUUUCUAGUGCCUGGGCGAUUCUUCUUUCCCGCUUGACCGGCAAAGAGGACAUUAUUUACAGCCAAUUGAUAGCCGGUCGAAAUGCGGCCAUUGAAGGUGUCGAAGACAUUGUGGGUCCUUGUGUCAACAUUAUCCCUAUGAGAGCUUCCUUCGACUCUCUUGAGACACCUUCUAAGCUUCUUGAGUCUAUCCAACACCAAUUCAUUGCGGUUGGGGAAGCAGAUGGGCUCGGUCUGCGAGAUAUCCGUGAACACUGUACAGAGUGGCCCGCCGAUGCGGUCAUCGACUCAGUGAUUGUGCAUCAAAACAUUAACGAAACCCCCGACUUUCAGGCUGGUCAGGCUUCAGCGCAGUUGCAGAGUUUCGAUAAUCCUCAUCACAUUCAGUCCAAGAUUUGGUUGACGUCACGACCUCGUGGAGAUGUAGUCAAUAUUGAGUUCCAGGCAAAUACGCACAUGAUGACCGCCAAAACGGCCGAGGCGAUCUUGGCGAGCUACUGCGAGAUAGCUACUGGGCUAUUUUUGAAGCCAGACGUGCCCUUGGCACAGUUGGUUGGGGAUUACGCGCUGAACAUCUAAGUGAGAAUUUUCCCCUAAAAGAAUGGUAGAUAUAUCUAUUUUAUGACACCUAUUCAAGGUGUAGGAUCACGUUGUAGUUUACCUAGCCAUAGUUGUAAAUAGUUCCUUUAUUCUUUGGACUAUAACUUAUUAUAUGUAUCAAAGAUACUGUUAGUACCUGAUUAUAAAAGAUACCUUAUGUUAUAAUAGUUGGUUAAAUUUGCGUCUAGUCAAAUCAUUGAUCUUCUGCUGC